AUGCAUAUGCUUCCCUGUCUCCUUCUAGCUGCGACGCAGCUCUUUGCUCCGGCUUCGGCUGCGUUGAGUAUCCACGGUGCGGAUAUCUCUUCUCUUCUUGUUGAAGAGGGUUCGGGAAUCUCGUAUAAGAAUGCUGCUGGUACAACGGGUAAAUUGGAGGCUAUUGUCAAAGCUGCGGGUGUCAAUUCCAUUCGCCAGCGUGUCUGGGUUAAUCCCAGUGAUGGGUCGUACGAUCUUGACUAUAAUGUCAAGUUGGCGAAGAGGGUGCAAGCACAGGGGAUGACUACAUAUCUUGAUUUGCAUUAUAGCGAUACAUGGGCUGACCCAAGUCAUCAAACUACCCCAUCCGGCUGGUCAACAACCGACAUCGACACCCUCGCCUGGCAAGUAUACAACUACACCCUAGAAGUAUGCAACACCUUCGCGGCCAACGACCUAGACGUAGCAAUCGUCUCAAUCGGCAACGAAAUCCGCAGCGGCCUCCUCUGGCCCUUGGGCACCACAAGCAGCUACAGCAACAUCGCGCGAAUCCUACACUCAGGCGCCUGGGGCGUGAAAGACUCCGACCUCACCACCACACCCAAGAUAAUGAUCCACCUGGAUAACGGCUGGAGCUGGUCCGACCAAUCCUACUUCUACAACAAAGUCCUCGCGUCCGGUUCUGCCCUGGCAUCAUCGGACUUUGACUACAUCGGCGUCUCAUACUACCCCUUCUACAGCGCGAGUGCCACACUCGCGUCGCUUAAGACUAGUCUGGCGAACUUGUACUCGACGUAUGGGAAGCAAACUAUUGUUGUUGAGACGAAUUGGCCGUAUGCUUGUCCCAGCCCGGCUUAUUCGUUCCCGUCGGAUCUGAAGGAUAUUCCGUUCUCCGUUGCUGGGCAGCAGACUUUCUUGCAGAGGCUUGCUGCUGUUGUUUCGGGGGUUUCGGGUGGACUGGGGAUCUAUUAUUGGGAGCCUGCUUGGGUUGAUAAUGCUGGACUUGGGAGUAGUUGUUCGGAUAAUUUGUUGUUUGCUUGGUCUGGGGAUCAGGCUAGGGCUAGUUUGGCUACGUUGGGUACUGUUUAG